UGGAGGGAGCACUGUCGUAAUGCACAAAGCGAGGCUUUGGGACUGGCGCCGCAUCUAUUUAGGUGGCUCUGAAAAUUUGGCAUCGACAAGUAUACUAUGAUUCCACUGAAGCACUCUGCAAAGGAUGACGAUUAUGCGUUUGAAAGCUUUCUGAUUGCUGAGCUGUGCCCUUGCCUGAACUCUCGUGAGAUCGGGAAGGGAGGGAAGCGGACUAAGAGAAGGAGGAGGAAGGGGAGGCGGGAAAGGAUUGGGAGAACAGGGGCUGUUCGGKUCCAAAAGUUAGUUACCUUCCAGUAUCAGAGCUCUACGUAUACCUCGCUGCUGCUAUGGUUGAAGGAGCGCGAAGGAAAAGGAAGUUGGGAUGUGUCGUUCUCUGAGGGAGUGGUAUGGACGGAUCGCUGGAGGAACAUAGUGAGGAAGUAUGGUAGCACGAUUUUGGAGAUUGACGAGAGGAGGUCUACGUUGCGGGGAGUGAAGAAGCUACUGGAGAAAGGCGGGCAGGUGAGGUUUAUGAGGAUUGUUAGGACAAAUAUAACCACGGAGAAGAACAAGACUUGGCUGAUUGGGCUUCUACGGAAGCCUAGACCGGCAAGCCAGCUGGCGAAUCUUUCGACCAGCAGACUGAUUGGGCUGUAUAGGACAGCCGGGCUGUUUGCUGAAAAACAAACAAGAUUCAGACUACGAACUAGUAUUGAUCGUGCCAUCGCACGUAGGCUGGGAUUUAGCGUGAGGAGGAGGAUCAACAUCAAAUUGCCGUACGAUUUGCGUUUGAGGAAAUCGGCGAUACGAGAAGCUACAGAGGGACUAAUCAAGGACAGGGUGUCGGACCACAUGGUAGCCAAGUUUCUCAUGACGAGAGUUCGUAUCAUUUGGAUCAGGAACAGGAACGUCGRUGAGCUACUACACAAUCAGAAGGCCUAUGCGAAUGAGGAGCAGCAGUGCUGCCCUUGCAAAGGCUCGACUCUGCCCAAACUCGAGGGGCACGUCUUGACUCGUUUCUCGAAGAUCGAGAUUCCGCAGUUCGUGGCAAAUUCGAAGAAUAUCACUAGGCCGGUGAAGGCUUGCCGGAUUCCGACCAUUGUUAAUGCUAUUUUGGAGGCCCUGAAGCAUGUUCAGGGCUCUGGAGCGAUGCAGGUGGACUUCACAUCGUUUUGGGAAGAUCGGGAACCAGGUGAAGGAGCCUGGACAGACGAGGAGAUGAAGAACUGGGCAUCGCAUUUCGAUGGGUUUGUCCUGGUGCCUAUAGAUCGCAACCAGGGAGACACGGCAGUUAUCUGUCCAGUAUUAUAUAGGCAUGCGUUCGGGAAGACGUUCGCCUGGAACACGAACUACGAAUGCGCUGGGAUGGUGGAGACAGAAGCAUCGCUGCUGAGCAUCUGCAAAGCGGACUUUUUUAAUAAGGCGCUGGAGAAGAUUGGUGGAUGGAAACCUGACGGACGUUUGGGAGCUGCUUAUGUGAUCCCGAAGCACAAGGACUUGGGACGAUGGCAGUCGAUCGCGCCAGCACCAGCGGAUCCUGCUGCACUUGCACAACGGAGGGUCACUAGAGCACUACACUGCCUACUCAAGCGUCUGCCUGAACACUGCUCCUUUUAUCUCAAUUCGGUAGGUGAACUGCCUGAGAGACUGGCGGCUGCUUCUCAACAAUUGCGGGCGGCUGGCUGCUCACAGGCGGAGGGGAGGUGCUACGAUAUUAAGGAGAUGUUCUCCCGCAUCCCGCAUGAAGCUGUCACUCAGGCGGUUCGAUAGCUGCUGC